CUACCUGGGUUAGGCCUUGGGAUUACAGCCCAGAACCAACAGGCAAGAUCUUUUCCCCCUCUAAGAUGAAGUCAUACGGAAGCGUCUCCUAAUUGAUGGAGAUGGUGCUGGAGAUGAUCGGAGAAUUAAUCUGCUAGUGAAGAGUUUCAUUAAGUGGUGCAAUUCUGGAUCCCAGGAAGAGGGAUAUAGCCAGUACCAACGUAUGCUGAGCACACUGUCUCAAUGCGAAUUUUCAAUGGGCAAAACUUUGCUGGUAUAUGAUAUGAAUCUCAGAGAAAUGGAAAAUUAUGAAAAAAUUUACAAAGAAAUAGAAUGUAGCAUUGCUGGAGCACAUGAAAAAAUUGCUGAGUGCAAAAAGCAAAUUCUUCAAGCAAAACGAAUACGAAAAAAUCGCCAAGAAUAUGAUGCUUUGGCAAAAGUGAUCCAGCAUCAUCCAGACAGGCAUGAAACAUUAAAAGAACUAGAGGCUCUGGGAAAAGAAUUAGAGCAUCUUUCACAUAUUAAAGAAAGCGUUGAAGAUAAGCUGGAAUUGAGACGGAAACAGUUUCAUGUUCUUCUUAGUACCAUCCAUGAACUUCAGCAAACAUUGGAAAAUGACGAGAAGCUCUCGGAGGUAGAAGAAGCUCAAGAAAUAAUCAUGGAAGCAGAUCCUAAGCCAUAGAUAGGCUAAUUACUCACCAUUCCCAAGAAUAUUGAAAUAGCUACAUGAGCUUAGUAUGUUUACAAUUUGUUGCACUCUUGAGAUAUUUAAAGUUUGGCAGUGAACUACUUUGCUUCAAAUAUUAAUGCACAUUUCAUUAUGUUUCUUCACACAAAGAAAAAUGACCAGUAUAGAUUUGUAUUCAUUGACAUCUAUUUUUUAUUCUUAAAAGGUAGGAAGCAACAUCCAAAAUUGUUUAAUAAGAUGUUUUCAAGCUGGCUAUGUUUGUGCUCAUUAGUAUUCUAGGUAGUUUUUAAUUGAUAGCUUUGAUUGACUUACAAAAUAUGUUGAAUGUUGUGAGAAGGUAUUUCUAGGAUAUACAUGAGAAGAUGAGACAAUUUCUGGAAAUUGUUACCACUUUUGAAAAUGGAGUCCAUGAAUAGGCUUCAGGAAGGCCAUGUACCUUUAAAAUUAUGUGCAAAAUGUUUGUGCUGUAUUCUUGUGAGGAGAGGUUCCAUGAUAUUAAGAAUGAUUGGUAUAAGACCUAAUUACAACAUGCAAAGUAAAUCAAUAUGCAUUGCUUUCUGUAUCUCUCUCCUUAAUACUUGAAUGUGGUUGCUAAAUGUUUUGUUGAUAUGUUCUCUCUCUACUAUUUUGUUCUUUAGGAGUUGUUUUCAAUAGAAAAAAAUAUUGAUAAAGUGAAGAGUCAUUUGAGGUAAAUAGUUUGUUAAAAUUGUCUUGGAUAAAGGAUUUCAUAGUCUUUUUAAAAAUUAAGCUAGGCAGAAUCACUUGUAAUUUUCUUAAGUAUUGAAUUACAUGUACAAUACUCAUUCGGUUUCAUCUUUUUCCAUUUAUUUUAGUUAAGAAACAUGACACUUUGCGUGAUUCAUACCUUAAUGUUACAUUUUUGUAAUUUUAAUAAGAAUUUUCAUCUUUAAAAAUGAAGGCUUAAAAUUAGCUCAGUAGUAGUCAUAUUAAAAGUGUCAUAAUACCUUUAAGUGCUUCCUCUAAUUUCAUCUGGCAAAUCAUAGCAGAAAUUUUUUUUGUGGAAUUGCUAUGCCUUGACAAAUGUUUCUAUUUUCCAUUAUUAGUAAGAAUUAUGAAGCAAAAAUUUGCUCAUAUUGACUGAGAACUAAAAAUCAAUUUUUUGUAAAGGUUUUUUUUUUUAAAGGACUGUUGGGCACAAUAUUCUUUAAUAAUGCCCCCCCCAAUUGAUUAAUUUAUUAGAGAGAUUUAUUUAGGAUUAUGUACCAAAAGAUAAGAAUCCCUACAAAGAUAACUUUUAUACAGUCAGGAACAAAAUCAGAAACAGCAGCAGGUGCACGGGAAACACACAUUUUUCAAUUUAUAUUUCCUCGUGGUUCUCUUGGAUAUCCUCUGGAACUGCUUAGAAGACUGAAGAAUUUCGUCCCCUAGACACUCACACUGUUGAAGCUCAGCGUGUUUUUGGGCCAAUAGCUUCAUAUAUUUAUCAGUGUUUCUAUGAGGUCAUCCACGUAUAACAGAUAGAUUCAAAGAAAUGAAGUCAAAAGAAAAAGCCUUGAGAAAGCCUUGUCAAAACUAAAGAGAUAGUUGCUUUUCCUGAGAGAUGAGUUUAGGAAUUGGUGGAUGCUUUGCAAGUCUCAAAGGUUUAUUUUAAUUCAAGUCAUAGCAAACAGCUUGAAAACAUACAUUUUCCACCCAGUGGUAGUGAUGAUCUCAUUUCUUCUCAAAAGAAGCCUAUGUGUAUGCCUUGAUUUUAAUUUUAUUCACUUAAUAUUUAUUAGGCACAUAGCAUCAUCCUAGGUGCCCUCAGCAGUCCUUCAGUCACUCUCAGAAUGCCCCCCACUAACAUUAUUUCUUAAUGCUAAUCAUUAAUUUCAUCCUAGAUCCAUGCUGUCUAGCAGGACUGUGCAUUCAGUAAGCCUGGUCCUCUUGAUGCUUCUGAGACACAAAAGUAAAAGCCUUUGUCUACUACCUGCAUUUGAAGUUUUCCUACUGUCAAAUCUGAUUUUUGGAGGAUGGUUUCCAUGCCAUGUUUCUUUUUUAUAAGUGCUGGAAAGUGUGGUCUUUUUUUUUUUUGAUGAAUAUGGAACCUAUUGUAAAAAUGCAAAAAGAUGAGAUUAGGAAGUACCAACAUUAUUUCUGUGAUGGCACUUAAAUAAGAAUUUCAUCUUUAGGACAUUCUCUAAUAAACUGAACAUUUGCUGUAUAACAA